GGACCGUGGUGGCAAGGUGACUAGGAGAAACCCAUUGGGCCGUGCACCAGAGGAGACUGGGCAAGGCAGUCGUAGGACCUCUAGGGCAUCUAGAGGAGCGGGCCGUGGAGGCCGAUCACAGACCGUGAGUGACGGUCAUGUGAGCACUGAGAGUGACAGUUACUGGUCCUACGAGGACUCAACCUAUCAACCGGAAACUGAGCCGGUUGAGACCCCUUAUGAAGGGGAUGAUGAUGAUGUAAGUGAUGAGGAGGAAAAUGGCUCCUUAGCACGGAUUGAAGCGUUACUCCAACAGUACCACCGUGAGCGUGAGGAAAGGAGGGAACACCGAAGGCGUCGGGCUGGGCAACCUUUGGGCGGGGCUUCAAGAGGGAGAAGCCAUGGCGACUCUAGGACCCACAUUGAACCACAUGCGGGCAGGGGUGAUGGAGGUCCAAUCAUAAGGAUCUCCAAAUACAUCAAAGAGGCACGAGACUUGGGGUGCAAACCGUUUGAUGGAACGGGUGACAUCUCCAUCUCGGCGCAAUGGAUUAAGAGGCUGAAUGAGGCGGCCCUGGACAUGCAACUCACCCCCGAAUAUAAACUAAGGGUUGCGGUGAGAUUACUUGAGGGUAUGGCAUCCAAAUGGUGGGAUGGGACCAAAAGCAAAUAUGGCGAGACCGUCACUUGGGAGGACUUCCAACAGGAGUUCUUCGCCCAAUACUACUCGGAUUUCGAGGUGAACAAAAAGGUAAGGGAGUACACUCUUCUAACCCAAGGGGGUAACAUGACGGUGAGGGAACUUGAGUACAAGUUCAGGGACCUCGCCGACUACAUACCGGAGUAUGCUUGUGACGAGAACCGAAUGGUAAACCACUUUUGGGAUGCUCUUGACUUGGAGAUACGUGAUAGGGCAACACAAUUGCCUAAUAUGACUUUCGCUCAAGUGGUUGACCAAGGGUUGAAAGGAGAGAAACAAUGGGAAGAAAGGAAGAAGAAAGACGCCGAAGAGGCGAAAAAGAGAAAGUGGGAGGGUCAUGGCUCUCAAGGUUCCAACAAGAAGGGGAAUCAUGGGGGAGGAUCUUUCCGGGCACCACCACCACCAUCUAGGGGGAACCAAGGCCCGAGUGGGCAAGGCUCAAGGUCACAAGCCUCAGUGGUAACUCGUUGCAACAAUUGCAAGAAACACCACUCCGGUAAAUGCCGUGACCCCCCUAGAUGUUUCCAAUGCGGGGAUGCCGGGCAUCUGAAGGCACAUUGUCCACAAUUGGGUGUGGCAAGGGCAUCGGGACCGAGUAGUGGCGCGACAGGCACACGGAAUCAAACUGGGGCUUCUCAAGCCAGCCGGGGACAUGGCGGAGCGAGCACGAGCAACGCGCCGUCCGUGAACCAAGGAAGGACCCAGGCUAGGGUCUACGCAAUGACGGAGGCGGAUGCUCAGGCUAACCCGGAUUCCGUUGCAGGGACACUAAAGAUUAACGGGAAGGAUGCACGAAUCCUUAUCGAUACCGGAGCGCAACGUUCAUUCGUGAGUGAGGCGUUUGCCGAGAGCUUAGAGAUGCAAUCAAUACAAAUGACACAAACCUUAGUGGUAUCAACCCCACUAGGGGAAGACGUUGAAAGAAACAAUUACUAUCCAUCUUGUAUGGUGGAAAUCGGUGGCCAAACCUUGACGUGUGAUUUCGUACCGCUGAGUAUGAUGGAGUUCGAUGCAAUCCUAGGGAUGGAUUGGCUAGAAAAGCAUCAUGCUAGGGUAGAUUGCUACACAAAGGUGUUGGAACUCGAAGGCACACAUGGGGACACCCUACGCUUCGAGGGGGACCGCGGCAAAUCAAAUAGUUGUAUCAUAUCCGCCGUGAGAGCGAGAAAUAUGAUGAGGAAGGGAUGCCACGCAUAUCUAGCAUACGUGGUUGACAAAACCAAAGAGGAAACGAACAUCGAUGAUGUGAGGGUGGUUUGUAAGUAUCCGGAUGUCUUCCCUAAAGACCUACCGGGGCUUCCACCUGACAGAGAGAUUGAAUUUGUGAUCGAGGUCGAGCCUGGUACCAAACCAAUCUCCAUACCGCCAUACCGGAUGGCACCCGCUGAACUUAACGAGUUGAAAACCCAAUUGCAAGAGCUUUUGGAUAACGGUUUCAUUAGACCAAGCCACUCCCCGUGGGGAGCACCGGUUCUUUUUGUGAAAAAGAAAGAUGGGACACUUCGAAUGUGCAUUGACUAUCGUCAACUGAACAAGGUCACAAUCAAGAAUAGGUAUCCGUUGCCUAGGAUUGAUGACUUGUUUGAUCAACUACGAGGAGCAACCGUGUUUUCGAAGAUUGACUUAAGGUCGGGG